AGUUUCAAUAAGAAAAUCGUUCGUGUGCAAAAGUCGCUUUUUUAUUUCUAUUAUUGUUCUUCUGCGAAAUAACAAACAUUUUUUUCCCUUCUGCACAUUCGGUUGUUGGUAACUUGAAACGAUUUAAAUAUUCAAAUUAUUUUAAUUAUUUUUGGUUUUGCUGUAAAUCAGCUUUUCCAGUGUUAAUUUCGAUAAAAGCAUUUUUCGUGGUUUCCCCAUAAUUAUGUUAAAGUUGAAAAUUCGAAAUAUUUGUCGUUGUUGCAGUGUAGGUGUGGUGGCAUUUGUUGUGGUUUGCGGCUGGAGCAUUGCUAUAAUAAACUCACAUCCAAUUGUAGCAACGUACAAUUCAAUCGGCAAAAACAAUCAAACAAACAAAUUACAUACACCAGCAUCGCACGAACACAACCUACAAUCAAUUCAUUCGACUCAAUCAAGUUCAACAAAAACAACAAUCACAAAUCAACCAUCGACAACACAUUUCAUUAAAUAUGAAAAUGUAAUUUAUAAAUUAACAUUGUCAACAGAUGGGAACAACAAACGACGACGGUGGAUUUAUGUAACAGUAACACCACUGUACAAUCAACAUCACAACGAAACGAAGGGAAAUGAUGUAUCCGGUCACACCGGAAACAAAAGAACGGUCAUGAAAGUCAGUAAUGCUACCAUACCAAUAACACUUUCAAGCGUUCAUCAUACAAAAAAUGUGUACGAAAAUUUCAAUCACAACAACCGUAAUCAUAUCCGAAAUGGAAACAUAUCAAGAACAUUUUUGAAUGUACGACAAAAUGGGGAUAAUGACAAUCGAAAAUUAGAUAUUCAAAAAUUAAGCCACAUUGAGAUGCAAAAAGCAACAAUCCAUAAAAAUAUCCAGCAAUCCAAUAAUGGCAUAACAAAUAAGUCUAACGACAAAUUCAGCAAAAUUGAGGAAUAUCAAGCAAGCAGAGCAAAUGAAAAGGCAUUUGCGGCUUCUUUACGAAAUGACAAAAACCAGAGAUUCAACGUCUACCAUAGACGACACAGUUUUAAUCCAUUUGAUAAAAAUUUGUUUGCUAAUGACGAUGUCGUAAAUAAAAACCGUUUUCUUCCCCUCAUUAAAACCGAUUUUGUAAAAAAUCUUCCAAAUGGCAAGGACUUAUCGACAUAUCAACGGUAUACGAUUCCAACAACAACAGCAGCACAAUCAUCUACACUCAUACCAUCUUCUUCGUUUCUUCAUCUCCAGCAGUCAAAUAAAAUUCCGCAAAAUGAUUAUUAUCGUUCAAUUGAGGGUAGACAUCGAAAAUAUAUCUUAAGAUCGAAUCCAUUCUAUUCUGGUGCGGUGGUGGCUGGCAACUAUGGAUUUUGGAACGGGCAAAACGAAUCACUUGAUCCGAAUGUGUUGCAACUAAUGUUCACACAUCAUGAAAGUAUUUUACCGCAGCCACAUUUUUGGGGUAUUCGUGGUUACGGAUUGUAUAGUUAUGCUGCUGGCAAUGAUUUGCACAAUAAUCUACCGAAUGGUCGAUAUAAAGUUGAACGAGAUUUUGAUAAUUAAAUUAGAUUUGUUAAUUAAAUAGUUAUAGCGCUGUUUCGAAUAUGUACAAUAAAAGCUAACACAUCAGUUUAGCGCAUUCGGUGAAAUUAUGGGAUAGAAUAAGAUUAUAAUUUAUGAUUAAAAUACCAAU